UGGCUUUACGGUUCUGCUUUGCGGCAGGGUCGUGAAGAGCUGUCGCGUGCUCAGCGCCGUAGCUGCCGGGCAGUCAGGGUUCGGGCGCGGAGAAUAUCGGCGCCUUUUGCCGCGGGGAGAGGCGGGGCUGCCGGCAUGGCAGUGCUGCUAGUUGCGGGCAGCGGGGCGCGCUAGCUGGGGCUGCGGUGCAUGGCCGGCCGAGUGCUGAGCAGGACUUUCGCCGCCCUGUCGCUGUCCGCGGCCUUGGCGUCGCUCACCUGCAGGUUUGCGGGCAGUAACUCAUUUCCAUCCUGUUGGCUUCAUCCUAACUCCAUCACUAUGUUUGAUUCUAACGGUGCCACAAAGCAUUUUCACGACAAGGCUCGGACAUCUCCUUACCCAGGUUCAAAAGUUGAGCGCAGCCCAGUCCCCAAUGAGAAGGUAGACUGGCUGGUGGUGUGGCCUGAGUACUGCCCUGUGGAGUACAACGCAGAGUCUGUCCUGGCUGGGCCUACCUGGGCUGACCCUCUGCUCAGCGAGAGUAAUUUUUCUCCCAAGUUUAAUGAAAAGGAUGAGCAUGUUGAUAGGAGGAGCAAGAAUGGCAUUUAUGAGAUUGAAAAUGGAAGACCUAGAAAUCCUGUAGGACGGACAGGACUGAUUGGCCGGGGUCUUUUGGGACGAUGGGGCCCAAAUCAUGCUGCAGAUCCCAUUAUAACCAGGUGGAAAAGGGACAAACGUGGCAGUAAGAUCACCCACCCUGGUUCUGGGAAAAACACCUUACAGUUUGUUGCAAUAAAAAGAAAAGACUGUGGAGAAUGGGCACUUCCAGGGGGGAUGGUGGAUCCAGGAGAAAAGAUUAGUGCCACACUGAAAAGAGAAUUUGGUGAAGAAGCCCUCAAUUCCUUACAAAAGUCCACUGCAGAGAAGAGAAAACUGGAGAAGCAAUUGCAUAAACUCUUCAGUCAGGAGCAACUGGUGAUAUAUAAAGGUUAUGUUGAUGACCCUCGGAAUACUGACAAUGCAUGGAUGGAGACAGAAGCUGUCAACUACCACGACGACACAGGUGAGAUAAUGGAUACCCUUGCACUGGAAGCUGGAGACGAUGCUGGAAAAGUGAGAUGGGUGGACAUCAGUGAUGAGCUCAGCCUUUACGCCAGUCACUCUGAAUUCAUCAAGCUUGUGGCAGAGAAGCGAGAUGCCCACUGGAGUGUGGACUGUGAGACUGACUGCCGUGGGCGUUAGCUCCCUGUCUCCACACAAGCCACAGGCCAUUGAGGAACAGGUGCUAAGAAAGGGCAGUACACGGAUCUUACUGUAGGAAGGGAGAGAGGCCACGUGGGAAGUCUUUUAUUCACUCUCAAAGCAAUGUGCACUGAGAGGGUUUUGUAAGAAUAAAACUGGUAAAUAUGUUCUAAAGUGGAACGCAAGAUUCUGUUUUGACUUACAAUCUUUUGUAUUAUCCUCCUUAUGCAUGCUCUUAACCAGAUUUAAAUAACUUCUGCUGUUUGAAGGAUCAGCAUUCAAAUAAAACUCUGAGCUGCUGUAACUUCUGCUUCCCACUUGUUGUUGUAUAUCAGCUCUUUAUUAUUGGUUGUCAGAGGUCUGAAGGGUGUUCCAGCCACACACCAAGUGCCUUGACAGGGAACAUGACUGCUGUCUAAACUGAUUCAUCUUUUUUAUUUACUUUGUAGCUUGCUUUAUAUGGUCUUAUUGAGACUAAUUUCAAAACUGAAAACAGUAUUUUUAUGUGAGCCAUCAAUUUUGUGAGGAAAUUUCAGUCAUAGUUUUAGUCUAUAAAGAUCAAGAGCUGCUAUUUUUUUCUUCUUUUUUUAAAAAAGUUUUUAUUUAUUUAUUAAUGAGAAACAUAGGAGGAGAGAGAAAGAGCCAGACAUCACUCUGGUACAUGUGCUGCCGGGGAUUGAACUGAGGACCUCAUGCUCGAGAGUCCAGUACUUUAUCCACGGCGCCACCUCCCGGACCACAAGAGCUGUUAUUUUCAAGAAUUUCAAAAAAUUCUAAAUUAAAAUGACAUAGGAAAUCAGUAACUGAAAAUGAUGUUUAUUGUAUCAUAGUGUAACUGUGUGUCAUAAGUGGAUUAAAAAUAAGUGUUCAGAAGGAGUUGAAAUGAGGUGGAGACUGAUGGAGGCCUUUAGCAGUUAAAGUGUUUUUUGUUAGGAAUGCUAAGAAUUAGAAUUAUUUACAUUUAUUUUUGCCUCUGGUGCUUCACUGGUGUUUUGUACUUGCAUGUUUUUCACUCCUCCGGGCUCUUUUGUCUUUUAAUCUCUGAAACAGAAGGAGAGAGAUUCAUGGGAAAGGAGAUACACCACAGCACCACUCUACAGCUGAAGCUUCCUUUGUACAUGGUGGUGCUGGGGACUGGAGCCUGGGUCUUUACACUCUUAGUGUAAAGCUGAGCUAUCUCCAAACCCUGGAAUUUUUUUUUUUUUGAGAAACACAUCAUCAAAACUAUACAUUCCAGAGAAGAGGGAGUUUGGUUUUCUGUGUGUUUCUGGAAGCAGCAAAGAAGAGGAAAUAGCACUGCUUGUAGUGGGUGAUUUAUGCUCAAGGUUCUUUCCUGUGGAAGUCCCAUGAUACUAACUGCUCUCAGCCUGAAGGAGGGACGUCAUUAACUGUCUUCAUUCCAACUGGACUAUCAGUGGGGCCUUUGUAGAAAUGGGGUGUAGGGACUGGAGAUGUGGUUAUGUUCUUCAGCUAUUCGAAAAAGGUUUAGGCUAACUCUGUAGCCAGGGGACAGAGCUAAGAAGGUUUGAUUUCAGAAUAUUCCCUCAGAUUUGGGAACAGAGGUUUUUAUCUUUGUGAAGCCCAAAGGCCUUGACCAGAGGGACCAAGCUUAACAGGUCUGAGCUGCCCAGUAUGUGAGAGGUAAGAUGGCUUCUGGCCCAAGAAGAGUCUGAUUCUAUUUUUACUGUUUGGCAGGAAGAAAUUCCUUUCUGGCAUGGAAUAGGUUUUUUAAAAAUUGAAAAUGUUUACAAAAUCUCCUGAGAAAAACUGAGUGAUUCUCUGAAGAGUUUUUGACCAGUUUAAACUAACAUGGGAGGUAUAGGAGAGGAAAAAGCUUUGAAUUUAGAAGCGUGAGGUCCUGAGUGCAAUCCGCAGCAUCGCACAUGCCAGAGCGAGCCUCUGAUUCUCUCAUUCAGUAGUAAAUCAACAACAACUGCCAAGAAAAAACUGACAUGACUGAAGGCAAUAGGUAACGCUGAAAAUUUAUGACUGGAGCAUAUGAUUGUAGAUACAUUUUUAUUUUAUUUUGGAGUUUUCAUUGGAACAUUUAUGAAGUAGCCAAAAUGAUAAAUUAGUGAGAGCUGUGGCUAGAAGUAAAUAAUCUGGUAUCUUUAAGUGUCCAGCACCAUCUGUAACAGAGCAAAUGAGAUUAGAAUGUUGAGGAUAUUUCUGGAGAAAUAGCUACUCUUCUGCUGAAGUAGAAUAUAUAGAAAUUAAUGGCAACUGCUUAUACCAGGUCCCUUCAAGCCUCCCAUAAAUCCUAAACCCAGCUCUCUCUUCCUCUUGGUGUGUGUAAAUGCCCUGGCAGAUAUAAAGCUAGUUUCUGGUGUUUGUAAAAGUGCUGACAGCCUUUAACCUUUAUGACCCCCGUCUAUCUCAGUCUUUGUAUGCAUAAUUGUGAAUAAUUUUUUUUGUCAACUUUUCUUUAUAAAGGGAAAUCUUACAGCACCUCAGGGCCCAGAAACUUUUUGGCAUUAGGUUAAUUCUGGGUCUGGUACACCAAAUAUAAAAACUCUUAUUUUCUAGUAACCCCAAGUUGUCGUAACUUUGUUUACCAAUUCUCAGUUUUACAAUGUCACUAGGUAAUAUUGCCUUCAUGUUUGCUUGUAUUUUAUACGUAAGGUGUUUUUUUUUUUCUUACAGAUAUUCAGUAAGCCGAGUAGUAGUAACAGACCAGAAUAUUUACAUUCUUAGACUAAUCCUCACAAUAACUCUGUCAAGUUAGAUGAUACUCUUCCUAUUCUGUAUUAUCCUAAUAUAUAUCCUAAUAAAUAUCCUAAUCUAAUAUUUAUAAAGGUUGCCCCUAGGUUUAUUCAGAUAAGGACAGAGCUGGGGUUUGAAUCCUGUUCUGCCUGAUUAGGAAAGCUUUUCUCUAUUGUAUUCCCUGUUGAGGUUACACAGCUCUUAUAUAUUAUUAUUUUAAGUAGUCCAUUGGGAAGAUGAUAAUUACUUACGCAUGACUCAUGCUAUCCAUAGUAAUACUGUAAUAGUUUGUGAUCUGAAGUUUAAAAACAAUUUUUUAAAAAAAAUUUUAAUGAAAGGGAGAAAGAUGCAGAGAGAGAAAGAGUAGAACACACUACUCAGCUCUGGCUUUUGGUGGUGCUGGGGAUUGAAUCUGGGGCCUCAGGCAUGAGAGCCUUUUGUUUACCCACUACUCUCUCCCCACUCCGGUGAGCUGGAAUUUUAAGAGCCACAUCUGAUUUCAUUGUUGAAAUUGUUGGUAUAAGUUCAGCUCAAAGGCAGUUUAGUUGAUAAUAUCUUGACCUAAAGACCAGUGGCAAAGAUCACUGCUUGUUUUGCCAGCAGCUUUUCUUGUACUUUUGAAAGCAUUUAAAACUUAAACGGAAUCACAUGCUAAACCUUAGUAAGACUAUAACUACCUAGAAAGUGAAUAUUGGGGAGAGUAAGAGGGCACUUGGAAAUUCUCAACACUUCUAGAGGCCUUGUUAUGGUUCCACAGUAUAAGGACUUCUGGGGUAUGCUGUUUGAUAACUAUUGGUGAGGGUUUAAUAUAUAAAAUGAUUUUAAAAAUACAGCCUUUGAAAAAAGCAGUUGUAAUUAAUUUGGUUUUGUUUGUACCAGCUUUCAUUACUUUAUUAAUUUGCCAAUAUGGAUAUAAUCUCAAGCUGUUAACUCAAGAUCAAUUAUUUAAGAAUAUCAAAGUGCUUGUAAGAUAUUUGGAAAUUUUUACUCACCGUAUGUAACUUCUGAUACUGUGGUAAGAUAAUUAUUACUGCCAAAAUAAACAAUACACAGUUAUGAAGAUA